GUCUAUGCGAUUAAGUGGGAAAUUAAUUCAAAGUAAAUAAGUUUUCAGAAUGCUUGAGAUUGAGAACAAAAGAAGCGGAAAAGUAUUAAAAGUGGAUCCAUUCUGGCUACGAGAUCACUGUCGUUGCAAUAAUUGUAUAAAUGUAGAAACCAAACAACGGAAAUAUAAUCUUUUGGAUAUACCAGAAGAUGUUGAACCAUUGUUUAUAAAGUUUCAAAAUGAUGGUACAUUUUUUGAUAUAGAAUGGAGCGAUAACCAUAGUUCUACAUAUGAUUUCAACUUUCUAUACCAAUCGCUUUAUGAACAAGUUUCCAACUCCAAACAACACAACACUUCCCGCACUCCUUGGAAUCGGUCAAUAAUAUUGCAAAAUGAACGGCACUUACGAGUGAACUUAACAGAUUUAAUAAGUUCUGAUGGUGCAGUAAAAACUCUUGUAUCGGCACUUAUACGCUAUGGCAUUGCAUUCAUCGAUGAAGUGCCACCAAAUGCCGAAAUGACAGAGUUAGCCAUACGUCGUGUAUUUCCCAUUAUGAAAACAUUUUUUGGUGAAAUGUGGACUUUUUCGGAUGUCAAAGAUCAUGCAGAUACUGCAUACACCAAGGAAUAUUUAGGUUCCCAUACGGAUAAUACAUAUUUCUGCGAUGCAGCCGGUUUGCAAAUAUUACAUUGUUUAUCACAUGAGAAUGGCAUGGGUGGUGAAAAUUUUUUUGUAGAUGGCUUACAUGCCGCAAAAGAAUUGUACUCUCGCCAUUUAAAUGCGUUUGAAUUGCUUAAACGUGUACAAGUCCCUGGUGAAUACGUUGAGACAUCACAAUAUCAUAAAUAUUCCGCACCAAUGAUACAUGUGGACGAUAUUACAGACGAAAUCAUACAACUACGUUUGAAUGUGUACGAUCGUGCGUUAUUUAAUACCAUACCACAAACAGAGAUGUCCGAAUUUUAUGACGCUUUUCGCAAAUAUCUUAAAAUAGUGCAAUCGUCUGACAGUCAAUGGACACUAAAAUUACAGCCUGGUACUUUGGUUUUGUUUGAUAAUUGGCGAGUCUUCCAUGGACGUCUGGCAUAUACUGGUUCACGUACUAUGAGUGGCUGUUAUGUUCAACGCACUGAUUUCCUUAGUAAAGCAAGAGUUUUAGGUUUAAUUGAAUAAAAUAUAUUAUGUAUAAUAUUAUUUUUUGUUUUUAUUAAAAUUUGUAAUUUUAAAUGAAGGUCUUAAUACAACAC